AAAAAAAACUUGUUCGAUUUUUUUUUAGAUCAGAAAAACUGGUCUCUUCAUUUGUUGUUGUUGUUGUCCAUCAAAAGUUGAGAAAGGCUACUUUUAUCCACAAUUAACGAUCAUGAUGAUGAUGAUGAUGAUGAUGACGAAAGCGAGCAAAAAUUUUCUGGGAAAAACUUCAAUUCGAACGACCGAAAAACAACAACAAACAAACAAUGUCAUUAUUUGCAAAAAUAACAUUUUUACCAUCAUUAAGUUAUAAUCUACUAAGAAAUCGUUGGUCAUCAUGGAAUUGGUAUGAUCGUAUUGAUAAUCGAGUUAUAUUAGGUGCAUUACCAUUUCAUGGUUCAAUUACAAAUCAAUUAUAUUAUCAAGAAAAUGUUCGUUCAGUAAUAUCGAUGAAUGAAAAUUUUGAAUUAUUAUUUGCCGUAACAAAUCAACAAGAAUGGAAAUUAUUAAAUGUUGAUUAUCUUCAAUUGAAUACUGCCGAUAUAUUUCAUGCACCAACAUUAAAACAAUUGAUUGAUGGUGUUGAAUUCAUACUAACCAUGUCUGCUACUAACGAUAAUAAUCGCCAUUCGAAUCCAACAAAUUUAAAAUCCGAAUUUUCCGAACGGAAAUUACGAAAAAUUCUUUACGAUCCUCAACCCUUAUUGGUGAAUUGGCCAAUCAAAAACAAUGGACAAAUUAUCGAUAUAAUCGAUAAUAAUAACAAAAAAAUCACCAACAUUCCUUCAUCCUCGACAUCGACAACCUAUGUACAUUGUAAAGCUGGCCGUACAAGAAGUGCAACAUUAGUUGCUUGUUAUCUUAUGAAACAAUAUAAUCUAACACCAAUGGAAUCUGUUGAAGAAUUACAAAAAUAUCGUCGACAAAUUCUUCUACAUCGAAAACAAUUAAAAGCAUUGGAUCAAUUUUAUCAAUAUCUUUUGGAAAUGAAAAAACAAAUUGGUUUUUGUUAGAGAAUUUUUGGAUGAAAAAGUUAUUA